UUUUCCUCCUGGAAAUAGCCUCUUUCAAACUGUCAAAAGACUUUUCUUCUCUAUAUAGAUAGAGGUAAGCCAAACAAUAUCUCUCUGAUAGAGGCAUGUACUAUGAAACAUAUGUGAAAAGCUAACGCAGUGGAAAAAAUUGUUCUUAAAUAGCAUUUCUUUGAAUUUCUAUGACAGCUGUUGUUAGCAACUACUAUGACGGGUGGUACGGAUGACCGGUUUCCAUUUAUGACGUUCAGCUAGAGUAGCUUAGUCGUCUUGAUCUAAUUGUCACCAUGCGCUUUAUAUAGAUCCGAUUGACCUCGUUCUAGAACUCGCCUAUCGUUUCGUUGGCAAGCAUCCUUAAUCUUAUCCACAGAUGUCGCUAGUUAUGCCGCUCUCUAUUUGUUAGCCAGAGGUACUAGAAACGCUGAUCGUCUUCACGAAGCGACGACACUCCGUGUGGACGAGGCUUUUCUUACGGGCCCAAAAGGGUCUGAGGCCUUACAUUUUUAAAGCUUUGCGAACUCCUUCCAGGCGAUCAGUUUGUUGUUGUUGUUGUUGUUGUUCAAGCAAAAAGUUAUUUUUGGUAAAAAAAAUCCGAGAGCGUGCAUCGAAGCACAAAGUAGUACGAUGAAGUUAGACUUGUUACAACUAAUGGGGCUUUUCGUCCUGGUUAGCGUAUUCGGAAGCAAUGCUCAACUUUCUGGUACUGAUCAUAAGGUGAUUGCCUGUAAAAUGGAUAUCUCUAGUCGUGUAUGGACUAGAAUGGCUGUGGAAGCUCGUAAAAUCGAAGAUUCCAUACGGGAGAAAUAUCUUUCCGAAAAAGCACUUUUCGGAGCCAUCUACAGACAAUUCAAAGGAUCUGCCGAUCUCCUUAAUAGCCUGCCCGAAAUUUCAAUGCUAAGUCCAGAGGCGUUAUGGCAGAUCAAUCAGAAUUGUGUGCAAGCUCCAGCCGGCCUUGACCUGUUACUGAGCAAUGCCGAAAUUUCUUAUCCGGAAUUUUAUCAAAGGUAUCAAGCCGACUUCCGUACUCUCCGAGACAUCGUGGGAAAGCUUAGGGACGACAUUAAGAACUGUUCACCAAAUAUGGCUGGAAUGAAGCUUGGCUAUACGGACAAUUAAUCCCCAAUCAGAACUACAAAAGCGUGUCAUACUAUACUGAACAUGAGGCAAAUAAAAAUGGCCAUGUUUCAUUCGAUUAAAUCAAUGGUAGUGUCCAUAAGAGUUAUAAACGUCUCGUAAAUUUCAGUCUUGUAUUUUAUACGUUACUUAACGAUAUUUUUCAUUUCCCUAUGAAUCCUGA